ACACACAUCGUGAUCCUAGCUGGCUUUCUCUGCGCGACUACGCGCGCAUUACGUACGUAUGCGUGUGACGGUUAGUGACGGUCGUGACGGUGACGAGCCAUCGGAGGUGAUAUCGCGUUCUCGUCUUGUUCUUUCCGUCGUGUCGAGCGUUCUCGCGGCGUAUUCAUCGGGCGAAUGAUGGAAGCGGUGCAUAGAUGCGAGUAGCGAGUGCGAGGGAUCGUCGUUUCUCGCGAGUGCAUCGUCUCGUGGUGCUUCAGUCGUACUGAAUCAUACUCGGCGAUAUCUCGCCACGGCCGUCGACGCCGAUCGCCGUCGACGGGUUCGUCCUUCGGCGAGUCUCCACGGCGGCCCGAGGGGAUUUUUGGGCGUGUGUCGCGCGAUUCGUAUGGAAGAAAGGAAGCGGGCGGCGGACUCACGCGCGCGCAUGCGAGGACGGACGGGAAGGGCUCUGGCUUUUGACGGAUAUCUGUGCAGUUGCAAUGGCGACGGCGCCUCCGCCUGGCUCGCCUACUUUCUAAGCUGCGUUUCGGUGAGAGGUGCCGAUCGCGCGGCCCGCGUCUCUGUCUCGCUUCCACCGUCGUCCCCCUCUCGGCCUUUCCUCUUUCUCGCGCGUUCCUACGCGCGGACGUAAGGACGCGUAUACGCACACACACACACACACACGCGUCGCUCUCGCGUGUCCACGCAGGAGAGAACUAUGUGAUUGAUGACGUACGACCGACGCUGGACUCCGUGCCGAUUCCAGAAGUGCAGCAGCUGCACCGCGCUCUCUCGAUCCGGGGAUACGCGACGUCUCGGACGCCAACGCGUGAUCGCUCUACGUCGGCCCUUCGAUGCUUGGCGUUCGCCGCAGUUGGUACGACAGUCUGUUGUGCCCGCGGGUGCCCAGGAUAUCCGGAGAAUGCGCGGAGACCCCGUUCGGUGGUUGCGCUGCUGGCCUUCCCUCGCGGAUGUGAUCCUUUCCUCCCGCCCGCCCGCUUCCUCUCGCGUUAUCCAGUCGACAGUGCCGCUUGCUUCGCGAUCGCUGCUCGAUCCGCCGUCGGCGCGACACAGCUGACGGAUCUCUCUUUCUCUCCCAGGCGCCGCGUCGCGAGCCGUGACAGCGAUUCGAUCUCUUCGCGAGUGUUGCGGGGAAUUGGACCCCGGUGAAAGAUCGCUGAAAAAUCGAUUUUGGUGGUGACACGAGAGAGUGCGCGUGCGAUUUUUCCUUAUUCGCGAGACGCCUAUCUCAGACGACAACGACAACGACGACGCGAGCGAGCGACGGACUCGUCCCGCCGCUCAUCCCGCCGGGAUCUUCAUUCGCCCGAUUGUGCAUUAGAUGCGAUCGAGGCGACCGUCGGAAGCGCGAAGAGGUCUCCCGACCACAACUGGCGGCUGCGACUAACUUCAUCUGAGACAGCCCGAACCGAACACCCAUCAACAUGGGCAACUGCUUUUGCAGCAACCCUCCGGACCCCAAUGAGAAGGAGAAGCCGGACCGGAUAGGUAACCCUGAAGCUGUCGCGUCGCAGGCCAGUCCGGUGCCGACCCCGCCGCCCGACCCCAUCAGACCGAUGCCGCAGAUCCCGGACACGGACAUGACGGCCGCCAAGAUAUUCGUCGCUCUUUACGAGUACGACGCCCGCACCGACGAAGAUCUGAGCUUCAAGAAGGGCGAGCAUCUGGAGAUACUCAACGACACGCAGGGCGACUGGUGGCUGGCGCGAAGUAAAAGGACCAGGCAGGAGGGCUACAUCCCCAGCAACUACGUGGCCAAGCUGAAGUCGAUCGAGGCGGAACCGUGGUACUUUAAGAAGAUCAAGCGAAUCGAGGCGGAGAAGAAGCUGCUGCUGCCGGAGAACGACCAUGGCGCCUUCCUGAUAAGAGACUCCGAGAGCCGGCACAACGACUACUCCCUCUCAGUGCGCGACGGCGACACAGUCAAGCACUACCGCAUCCGUCAGUUGGACGAGGGCGGCUUCUUCAUCGCCAGGCGGACCACGUUCAGAAAUCUGCAGGACCUCGUGGAGCACUACAGCAAGGACGCAGACGGGCUCUGUGUGAAUCUGUGCAAGCCUUGUGUGCAGGUUGAGAAACCCGUAACCGAGGGCCUCAGUUAUCGUACGCGAGACCAAUGGGAGAUCGACCGUUCGUCGCUCAAGUUCCUGAGGAAGCUGGGACAAGGGCAGUUCGGUGAAGUGUGGGAGGGAUUGUGGAACAAUACCACACCGGUGGCGAUCAAAACCCUCAAGCCCGGCACCAUGGAUCCAAAGGACUUCCUGGCCGAGGCGCAGAUCAUGAAGAAACUCCGGCACAACAAGCUGAUCCAACUGUAUGCCGUGUGCACGAUGGAGGAGCCGAUCUACAUCAUCACGGAGUUGAUGAGAAACGGCAGUCUACUGGAAUAUCUGCAAGGCAAAGGUAGAGGCGUAAAGUUACAGCAAUUAAUCGACAUGUCCGCGCAAAUAGCCGCUGGUAUGGCUUACCUAGAGUCGCAGAACUACAUUCACCGAGAUCUAGCAGCUCGUAACGUCCUCGUAGCGGACGGCAACAUUGUUAAGAUCGCCGACUUCGGCUUGGCCAGGCUCAUCAAGGAGGACGAGUACGAAGCUAGAAUAGGAGCUCGUUUCCCCAUCAAAUGGACCGCGCCUGAAGCAGCCAACUACAGCAAAUUCAGUAUUAAGUCUGAUGUGUGGUCGUUCGGUAUUCUCCUCACUGAAUUAGUCACGUAUGGUAGAAUACCUUAUCCAGGUAUGACGAAUGCCGAGGUUCUUCACCAGGUGGAGCACGGCUACAGGAUGCCAUGUCCGCCCGGUUGUCCGAGCACACUUUAUGAUAUUAUGCUGGAAUGCUGGAACAAAGACCCCAUGAAGAGACCGACCUUCGAGACGCUCCAGUGGAAACUGGAAGACUUCUUCACUAUGGAAGGGUCCGAAUACAAGGAAGCGUCCGCGUACUGAACAAAGGGUCUUCGACAUCUUCCACGUUAAAUAUUAUCACUCCGUUACGGACGCGCGAUAAUAAUCGUCGCCGUCGUUAUCUCGCGAUGGCAGUGGUUCUUCUUCGUUAACCAUUUGUGACGCAGUUGUUCUCGCGGCACUUCCGAGAAUGCUGCAACCUUUAUAUUCGAACGACAAUGGUCAUUUUACGAACGAUCGAUAGAUGAUAGUGUGAUCUUAUUUAACGUUGACACUUUCUAUCGUCCCCCCCUCCCCUUACUUCUCCCCUCUUUUCGUUUCUCUCUUUUGUCCCCUUUAUUUUUUUUUUUUUUUUAUGUUUUCGUACAUUCUGUCUGCCAUAGAGCUCGAAGAACGCGAAGUUUGUACAUUUUUACUUUUAUCGCUUGACAGACGUACGUCGAUACUUUUGAUAAUCCUCAGCAACAGCGGCGUGAUUUUAGAUAUCGUUUUAGAUCGCGGUAAGGAUGUUACAACGUAGACAUUAAUGGCCUUUGUAAAAUCGUUUAUGUAAGUGGCAGUUAGCGUGAGAUAGACCUCGGUGAUGAGAUAGAGUUCGGACGAUGACGCUGCGAUUGACGGCAGUAUAGUAGCAAUGUAAUAUAUUCGUGUACAAUAUAAAUUGUACUUCCCGUGUUACAAUUACCGUAUAUGAUCGUAUUAUUUACACGUGAUUAUGAAAGCGACGAGAGGACGGACGCCAAUCUUCUCUCGGUCAUCCUCGACCGACAAUGUAGUCGAAACGACGGACCACGAAUGCACAAUUUAUCAUUCCUUCUCUCUUCUCGAGCGCGAUGACUCGGACAUUCACGGCGAGCUCCCGCGAGGCAGACACGCGAAAGUCGUUCGGAGCAAUCGCGUGUGCGUGUCGCGGAUCGGAGAUUCGCGCAAUAGCUGGUUCACUCGCGAGAGAUUUGCCGCGACGAUCGUUGGAACGACGCUAUCUCCUCGUCACAAAGCAAUUAAUAUAAACUGCCAGCUACGUUUUCUAAGGUACUUUUAUCGCAAGUAAGAUCACGAUGAGAGAUUUUCGGAAGCGUACGCGACACACUGUACGUACGCGUGCGCGCGGCCGAAGAUAAGCUUAUCGUUUGGAGGAGUCGUUGAAUUCUUUUAUGUAUCUCGAGAAGAGAAUGUAUAAUAUCGCACGAAUUGAGAGAGUCAUCUUCGUUCACCAUUCGGCCACGUGUUAUCGAAUUUGUCAUUUUUAUAUAUUUUUAUAUCGUACCCGAACGAUUUUACUAUUCAUUUAUCGUGAUUUUUCACGUUGGCGAGUCACUCAAAGAAAAAAAAAAUCUUGAGAAUAGUUAGACUAUAUCCGUACAUACAUAUAUAAAAAGUAAAUAAAUACUAUAUAUAUAUAUAUAUAUAUAUAUAUAUAUAUAUAUAUAUAUAUAUAUAUAUUUCAUAAGUGUACGAUUCUAAUGGUACGAUGUAAAGUUAUAUACAGAUAUUUUAGCAAUACUUUGAAAUUUUCUUGUACACACAGAUACGUUCGCAUGCACACAACAUGCAUACACAUACACAUACAUAAGCAUGUGCGGAAUGUGCCAAAACCAUCGCCAUUCCCCUUAUCUGUCAAUUCUAUGGUCGAUUCGGAGUUGACCUUUCUGCGACGAGGACUAGGGAUGGGAUUUCGAGGACAGAGCCGCGCCGAUAAA